GAUUGCUGCAUCCUCUUGCACUGAGCAGAUGGAAAAGAAGGAAUCCCGGUGGAAGAGCUCACUAGCAAAUCUACAGUCUGAGCCUGACGUGAAGAAAAUUGAUGACCUUGUCUUCAAUCCAAAAACUAAGAUUGCAGAUGGAUGCACUGGGACACAAGUCUUUCCAGGACUCUUCUGCGACUGUCCUGUGGCAGUAAAACGAGUUCUUAAACAUGUUGCCAAAACUGAAUUGAAAAUGGCAAACUUUCUAAGUUCAGAAAAAUUAAAGAUGAAACAUUUGUUGCAGCCCCUUGCUGUGUUGGAAGACUCCUACUUUGGCUAUUUUGCCUACCCUCUUUGUGAAUAUAAUCUGAAAGACUUGAUUGAAAAAAAGGAUUUUCCUCAGAGACAAAACCUGACUGACCAGUGGAGACUGGGAAUCUGCCAGGAGUUAUUGCUGGGACUUCAGGAACUCCACUCACAUGGGAUUUUGCACAGCGAUCUGAAGCCUGAAAACAUCCUGUUUGAUAUAAACAAUAAGUUGUAUAUUGGAGACUUUGGUGCAAGCAGAAAACUAGAUCCAGCACAAACCAUCAUGUUUUCACAAAUGUACUGGAUUAGUUAUGAGUGUGCUGAAGAAAACCAAUACAAGAAGGAGUCAGACGUCCAGGUUGCGGGAUGCUUGGUGCAUUACAUCCUGACAGAUGGCCAACAUCCCUUUCAAACAACAACACCAUACUUCAGGAAUCCCUUUGGGAUAUUGGAUAAUGUCCGAACGGGCAACUUUAACCUUAAAUGUGAGGAAAACUGGAGCAGCCAAAAAGAUAUAAUUUCCCAGAUGCUGAGUAGAUCUAUUGAAGAACGUCCCUCCAUUGAAGAAGCCCUUCAGGUAUUCAUGUGUUUGACACAUCAGCCUGAUUAUACUGGAAAUACAAACAACGCUGGGUUUGAGAAGCAAAGUAAAGUAAGUAAUUCUUUUCAGGAUGGACCCCAUUCAACAAAUUUCUGCAUUGAAACCUUUGACAUGAACCUUGCAGAGAGUCUGGUCACAGAUUUGCCUGACAUUACUGCCAGUAAUCCCCUGCCUUCAUCUCCAUCGACAGACGAGGAAUGUUAUGAGAUUGAGACGAAUCCUGAAGAACAAUUUUCCCUUUCUCUGGAAAUGUCAGAAGAUGAACAAGUGGAUGAUGACCCACAAGCUGAGGAAGAAGAAACUACAGAAACUGUAGUAAUCCACAGAAAACCAUCUUCUAAAACUAAGCAGUGCUCAAAAAAAAGCAACUCUCAACAAUAUAACAUCACAGUUAAAAUGUCUUCAAACACUGCAGAUCAACGUGUCUAUGACAAGAGGAACUAUUGUCUUUACUGUAAGAAUCCUUAUGCCAAACUAACAAGACAUCUGAAGCAGAAGCAUUCAGACAAAUCUGAUGUGGCUAAGGCGCUUGCGCACAAGCAAGGCUCAACGAUGCACUCUUUGCUGUUGACCAAAGUAAAAAACCUGGGAAACUACCACCACAACUGCUCUGUUCUGUCUUCUGGAAAGGGACAAAUCAUACCUAAAAGGCAAGCAACCCGUCAAUCAGUUGCAACCGACUACGUACCUUGCAAGUUUUGCUUUGGUAUGUAUGUCAAGAAAGAUCUCCCGAGACAUCAUAAGCGUUGCAAGCUGAAGUUGAAAGAAGGAUGGUGAACGCCGUUCUUUAUCUGUUCCAUUUGAUUGACUUGUGACAUUUGAUUAUUUUCACCAAAUCUCAUUAUUUCUUAAGGUCGUAACACUGAGGGGUUUUGGUUGAGUCCUGAAACAUGUUAACGGACCUUAGUGGCGCACAGAGGGGAAAAUGUGUGAACAACAGGGUUAUUUUAUUAAAUUGUUUUAAAAAUGUGUCUGUUUUGAUAAUUUUUCUUCUUAUUCGCUCACCCUGGAGUGUGUAUGUUGCUCCAUCCUAUCUCAGUGGGGACUUGUGUCGUUCUGCACCAGCCAACAGUGGACCCCUGUUGUUCUAUACAAACCAAGAGGGGAGCUUUAUUUUUCCUGUAAUGGCUUUGACAUGGGUUGGAACUAAAACAAUGUACACAAAUUUAAGAAUUUUGUAAGAUCAGAACCAUAAGAAGUUUUUGCAUUUCAGUCUCUGGUGUGAAACUAUGCAACAGUUUUGACUGUGGAAUUAAAACAAUGUCCAAACUUUAAACAAUUCAAAGUUCUUUUUUUAAUAAUAAAAUAGUUUUCAGUAAAUAUGAGAAACUGUCUAGCUAUUAUUAUACUAUAAUAUUAUUAGAGCUAUUGUAUCAAUAAGUACUGCAUUAAUCAAGAAUUAGGAAGUAAAAUGAAGGUGUACUUAAAAAGUACAUAUAAAAAAAGAUAUUUUGUGAUGGGCCUUGAUAUGUUUAUUAUUCCCUCUCCUUUGAACGUUUUUGUUAUUGCAUUGUAAUUUUAUUGUAACUUGGCACGUUUAAUAGAGUAAAAUCAAUUAUAUUACUGAGCAAGCUGCACCUAUGUGGGGUAAGAGAAAGGCAUAUGAUUGGUUUAAAAGUUUACUUUUUGGUAGACUUGUAGAUAUUAAUCACCAAAAAUUGGGGACAUCAAACAUGGAGUUCCCCAGGAUUCUCUGCAGAUGUAGUUACUUUUACCAGCAGAUCUGAGUGGUUUGGUAGAAUCUGCAAAGUGAGGGAGGAGUUUUGCAACAUAAGUCAUCAUCCCCAAAAAACGGCGAAUGUCUGCAAUGUUCUGUGGGAAAGGCAUGUCCAUAAUGGCUCUGAUUUUCUCUGGGUCUGGUUCAAUGCAUUCUGCACUGACUUUAUGUCCUAUAAACAGAACUUCUGUCUGUGCAAAGGUGCAUGUAUCAUUUAGUGUUAGCCCUGCCUCUUGCAGCAGCGUAAGGACAGCUGUGAGUCGCUCAUCAUGCUCUGCUUAAUUCUUUCCCAAUACGAGGACAUCAUCUGCAUGGCAUAUAACACAUUAAAGCUGCAUCUUGGGCCCGAGUU